CAAUGGCGUUCAAGGUAAAGUUCAAGUCUUCCCUGUUCAGGAAAGCGAGCGCGGGGGGCAGCGGCGGCGAUGGCGGCGAAGAAGCUACGCCGCCGUCGUCUCCGCCUUCGUCUUCGCGGCCGCCGUUCUUCCUCCUCUGCCGCUGCGGAUUUGGUGGGCUUCACCUCCGUGUUUGUGCUGCCUUGGGCGGUGAUGAGUUUUCCAGGAAAAAUGUUUUGUCCAGUCCCAUUCCGAUGGUUGGAAUUUGGUGCGCGCAUGGUCCAUAAGAAGGUGGCAAAAUCCUCUGGAGAUUGCUUGUUCAUGAGUGCUCAAAACGAAUGUCCACUUUAUAUUGGUCGGAAUGACUCAGCACCGCUCACCAUGCACAACUAUUUGGCACUGCGCAAAAAAUGGUGGCGCCUGCUCGCUGGCAAGAGAACAUACCUCCGACCACCAAAGAGCCACCUUGGACACGAUGGUGCCUUCAAGUGUCCAAAUGCUCGUCCAAGUACAUUAGGAUGUCAGGAACCACUCUUGGCUUUGGUUCACCUAUCUACAGAGAAACACAUCAUCAAGCAAAAGAUCAAGCUUUUGGGCGAGCAAUAUGCUCUUGUCAGACAAGUGCGCAAAGAUGGUAGCAGUUUUUACAGGGCCUUUGUCUUUUCCUUAAUGGAGAAUCUUGGACAAAUGCUAGAAAAGCAAGUUGAGAUCGCUCGGCUGAUGGAACGCGUUGACAUGUCCUUAGAAAAACUCUCCGACCUUGAAUGGGACAAAGCAUACUUCCUAAAUCCUGCGGCAUACUUCUCAAGUGUUGCUAAUGAGUUCGAUGAUUUGGUCAAGUCUGUUGCAGAUGGUCUGCCUGCCGAUGAAUUGUACAAGAGCAGCCUACAAGAAAUCAAGUCAUCAAGGACUCUUUCUUUGCUUAGAUUGCUGACAGAGAUUGAAAUCCGCACACGAGAAGAGGACUACUUGCCAUGUCCCCUUGGAUAUACUGAUGCCCUUGAGUUUUGUGUGAAGAUGGUGCGUCCCAUGGACAUUGAACCUGGUGUAACACAAAUCAAGGCUCUAUCAAACGCACUUGGCGUCCCGUUGCGCAUCGAGGUUGCUGAUUCAAGCUCUCAGUUUGGGGCAGUUCAAGUGACACGAAUAUAUUUCUUCCCUCAAUCAGAGCCUACGGAUCCAAGUGAGUCCUCACCAGGCAAAGCCACAGAAACUCUGGAGCAGCAAACAGAUAGUGUCCCAGUUGAGAGGGCUGGAGAAUGCCCGAGUGGGAAUUUCCUAACGUCCGGUGGCAUACCUCUGGUGUCCUUGCUGUAUAGGCCUGCCCACUAUGACAUUCUUUACCUCAAGUGAAGAGUUUGACUGCAAGUCAUCUUGGUAUAGAUGUGCCUGAUAGAACCUUUUCGAUGACAUGGAAAUAUAAUGAUAGUGUAGUUACUGUAGUACCGAUGGACCAUCCUCUUGGUUGUGCACUGCUGUUGAAACUGCUUGCAAUUCCUUGCAUCUUCUUCAGUUCAGUUGCUGGUAGAUGCUUGACGAGUUAUGAUAUUUUGGGAAAGAAGUAUCGGCAUCGUGCGGAAGUUGAAGGCACUAUUUUUUUUUGUUGCUCCUGCACUCAGAGGGUGUAACUGAACAUGGUAUUUUUUUUUUAAGUCUCUACUAAAGCAUAAUCGUUCAUCAUCCUCACCCCAUGUAGACAUUGCAUCCACAAAAAAAAAAGAAAAGAAAAAUCAAGUGGUUAAUUAAAA